AUGGCAUUGCUAGGCAUUUUUGAAGUUAUUUUAGCUUUAAUUUGUUUUUUAUUCGGUUGUUAUUUGAGCAAUCGGUACGAGAUCGUAUGGAACUGGCCGUUUCUUGGUAUGCUUCCUGCUCUUUUGGCCAACGUCCAUCGAUUUCACGAUUGGUCCAUGGAAAUAGCUGAAAAUUGCGGCGGUACAUAUUAUUUAAAAGGUCCAUGGUUUGUCAAUAUGGAUAUAACUGGAACGGUUGAUCCAGCCAAUGUAAAGCACAUGUUGAGUACCAAUUUCUCCAAUUAUCCCAAAGGCUCUAAAUACAAAGAGAUGUUUGAAGAUAUAUUUGGAGAUGGGCUUUUCAAUUCUGAUCAUGACCUAUGGAAGAAUCAAAGAAAAGUUUCUGUUGCUUUGAUUAAUAAUCAACGUUUUCGAAAAUUUCUGUUCAAUACUAUAAACGCUACGGUGGAAAAUGCCCUAAUUCCAGUUCUUGAACAUUUCUGUGAGGAAGGUAGAAUAGUGGACAUGCAAGAAAUAGCUCACAGAUUUACGUUCGAUGUUACAAUGAAAGUGAUUACAGGUUUCAGUCCGGAAACCCUUACCAUUGAAUUGCCUAAAAAUGAGUUUUUAGAUGCCAUGGAACAUGCAGAAGAAGCUACAUUCUACCGGCAUGUAAGGCCGAAAAUAUUCUGGAGGUUGCAAAAAUGGCUAGGGUUUGGAUUAGAGAAGAAAAUGAAAAUGGCUAAGAUAACAAUUGAUCGAGUAGCAGCUUCUUAUGUGGCAAGAAAAAGAGAACAACUCAUCGAAGAGGGAGAAGGAGAGCUCGAUCUUCUGGCGUCAUACUUAACGGUGCAUUGCAAUGAUGAAAAAUUAAUGGAAGGGUGGAAAUCAAAGGAUGAAUUUUUGAGAGACACGCUUGUAAAUUAUAUGUUUGCAGGACGGGAGAACUCAUUGGGUUGGUUCUUUUGGCUUAUAACAAAGAAUCUAGUUGUUGAGGCAAACAUUAGAGAGGAAUUGAACAGUUUAUCGCCAAAAAGAAGAGAUCGAUUAGAGGUUUUUGAGUUGGAAGAGGUGAACAAGUUGGUGUAUUUGCAUGGAGCAAUAUGCGAAACCCUAAGGCUUUAUCCACCGGCAAUGUAUGAGCAUAAGAAACCUCUUAAACCGGAUACUCUUCCAACCGGACACUAUGUUGAUCCAAAUAUGGAAAUUAUAGUGUUGAGUUAUGCGAUGGGUAGAAUGAAAUCAAUAUGGGGAGAUGAUUGUUUGGAAUUCAAGCCAGAAAGAUGGAUUUCAAAGGAAGAUGGAAAACUUAUUCAACACUCACCAUACAAAUUUCUAGCAUUUAAUGCAGGAGCAAGGACUUGUGUGGGAAAGGAUAUUGGAAUCUUUGAAAUGAAGGCGAUUGCUGCAGUUGUGCUUCAUAAUUAUAAUAUUCAGCUAGUAGAAGAACAUCAUGUGAUCCCUAAUUUUCAUGAUCAUGCCCUAAACCGCAGCAGUGGAAUGUUACUAUAUGUUGACUUGACCUUGGUUCUACAAAUGGAUACCAGUUCAUGCCGGUUCAAUAUUUUCGACCAGCUCAAACCCGCCACCCUUAUGGGAGAUGAGUUUUGGCCAAUUUUUGGUCAAAAUUCAUCUCCCCCACCCUCUAAAUUUUCUAGAUUUACAACAAAUAAAUGGGAAAAUCUUAAGAUUUACAGCCCGAUAUUUUGUGCUCUCAGAGAUCGCUUGGUGGUUCUUCGUUUAGGAGUUGAUCAGAAUAAGUGUGUCGUCAAAACUUCAGUCUUGUGCUUUCGUUUGUAA